UAUUGAUUAAACUUUCAUUCAACAAUGGCAGGAGAAUUGUGGACGAAAUCCUCAGUUUUAUUUCGUAAUUGAAUACAUAAACAAGUUAGUCGACCGGUACAACGGUGUACGAUAGUCGCAUAAGAAUGCCAAUUUUGAUAAAAGACUACAAUUGGUCCCAAACGGAUAAUCAGAUUGUUGUAAAAGUUCCAUUGAAAGGCGUACACAAACACCCAGCUGUGGAUAUAUUCACUUAUGAAACGUUUAUCAAGAUCAAUUGUUCACCGUUUUACUUCGAAGUGUUGUUGCUCCAUCCAAUUGAUGAGACGAAUAGUCGGUGUAAAAUUUUAGAAAACGAAGCGAAAUUCAUUUUAUUUAAGAAAACAGCAGAGCACUGGGAUAGCUUGGAAUUGAAUUGUUCCAAAGAAAGUAGAUUGGACGAGAAAAAGGAAGCGAUUAAAUGCGCUCAGCUAACAGCCGAAAAAAAGGCGGAAGAUCGAUGGAACAAAAAAUGUGAAUUGAAAAGAAGUGAAAUACACAAAGAGGUUGAUAGGGAGGCGAAAAUUAGAGAGGAAAUAGACGGUCUGAGGAAAUCGGAAAUCGUCAAGAAAUUAGAAGACAUCCACAAGAAUAAGAAAGAAAAGCUAAUUGCAUUAGACAUGAGAACUGGCGACACUGUCCAUCAUCAGCAACGAACAAAAACCAUCGACGAUUCAUCACCGCCGAAUAUUAACUCUAUCCGUACAGCCGGAAAUAUCACAGUUAAAUUUUCAGCUCGUCACUUUCCAACACCUCAACGGGAAUCUCAAGAAGCAGCUGAACAAGAGUGGCUUAUGAAGCAGCAUGAGGCACGUAAGGCUACCGGUUUCGUUGAAGAAGAUCUGCGACCCGAAGAACGCAACCCGCAAUGGCUGAAAGACAAAGGUGACGAUUUUUUGAGCAAGAAAAAUUUUUUGGCUGCAAUAUCAGCGUUUUCGACUGCGAUUAAGACAAAUCCAAAAUACUUCGAACUGUAUCUGAAUCGUGCUGCAGCUCAUUUUCAGAUGGGAAAUUACUACAAAUGUGUGGCAGACUGUUCGGCCGCCUAUGACUUAAUCACUCCAGCUCUGCUGUUGAAUGCCAAAGCGAGAGCCAUUUGUUUGGCUCGUCGCGGAGCCGCGCUUUGCAAAUUGGGAAUGCUUAAACAGGGAUACGAUGAAUUAGUAGCUGCGAUGAAGUUGACACCUGACGAUGAAGAGUUGAAACGUGAUGCUGAAAUGGUAAAGUGCGAAUUGGAUAAACGGAAUGCUGUGGAAUGAAAUUCAGACUCUUUUUUGUAACAAUCGGUUACAACCAAUGUUUUUUUGAUAUAACAAUUCUAAAUAAAACCUUGAACCAAAGAACCAAAUUUUAUUUCAA